UAUAGACUAUAGACUCGUGACCCCCUAGACAACAAGACCAGGCAGCGUGUGGCUACGGGAGUCCCUCACGGCUCAUGUCUCACCUCCUCACGCCUCUCGCCAGCUGCUCCUCGCCCUCACGCAACCUGUGAACCACCUGAACAAGAAGUGUGUCCAUAGUAGAGCUGAGCCUGAACCGUUGAAGGUCCUUCAAGAAUGCCACCAACAUUUAGUGAAAAGAAGGGAAAGAAACGAAGAAACAAAAAACCACGCAAACCAAAUAAUGUAUCCCAAUCAGAGGUGAAGGAUGGUGUCCGCAUAACCGAGUUCCGAAGUGACAGUUUUAGACAAAUAAGAGGGGCCCCAGUUCAGAAAUUUUACGGUAGAAAAGUUGUUGAUCCAAAGUUGUUACAAAAGUACAGUAAAGGAACAGGUGUUGAGGUAAAUAAAAUUGGUCGUAAAAACUCAUACAUUCAACACAAGUUGAGAAAGAGAGAAGCUAAAAUUAAAGAGGCUGAAGAAGAAGCAGCCAGAGCAGAAAUCCUACUAACAGAAACAAGUGGCGAGUUAGUGGCACAAGAAGAUUCAUACACUUCCCAUAUUACACAAAGGGACAUCAAGGAUGCUGUUGACAUUACUUCAGCUGCCAAAAGCUUUGAUCUUAAGCUUAACCAUUUUGGUCCCUAUAAGAUGCAGUUCACCCGAAAUGGCCGACAUCUCUUGUUGGGAGGAAGAAAGGGUCAUUUAGCAGCCAUGGACUGGGUUACAAAAAAGCUCCACUAUGAAAUCAAUGUCACGGAAUCCAUCCAUGACGUUUGUUGGCUCCACACGGAGCAGAUGAUGGCCGUUGCACAGAAGCAGUGGGUGUACAUAUAUGAUAACCAAGGAAUUGAACUUCACUGUCUAAAAAGGAUGGAUAAAGUUCUGAAGCUGGAAUUUCUUCCAUAUCAUUUUCUCCUAUGUACCGCUAAUGAGACGGGAUAUUUGAGCUGGCUUGAUGUGACGUUGGGCAAGGAAAUAGUUCAAGUCCCCACACAAAAGGGCCGCCUGGAAGUGGUGUGUCAGAACCCAUACAAUGCAGUGCUGUGUUGCGGCCAUUCCAACGGGACGGUAUCAAUGUGGACACCUAACAGCCGAGAAGCUGUGGCCUCCAUCUUGUGUCAUCCUCAUCCCAUAAAAGCAGUAGAUGUUGAUCCCACGGGCAGGUAUAUGGCUACAGCAGGAGUUGAUAGACUACUGAAAAUUUGGGAUGCACGCAACUUGGGAGACUGUCUGCAGUCUUAUAGCAUUGGGUCUGGUGCUUCGUCCGUACAGUUUUCCCAGAAAGGCUUAUUGGCUAUAUCUAUGGGCAAUAUUGUCGAGAUAUAUAGAAAUGUGACGACAGGAGGAGCCAGCACGCCGUACAUGCGUCACAAAUCGGGCGCCAUCAUAACAGACAUGCAGUUUUGCCCAUAUGAAGAUGUUCUUGGUAUUUCCACAUACCAAGGCUAUUCCAGUCUGAUUAUACCAGGUGCUGGUGAACCCAAUUUUGAUGCCUUGGAAGCCAACCCGUAUAUAAGUGUAUCAGGUCGUAGAGAAGCAGAAGUCAAGGCUCUUCUCUCCAAAGUUCCAUCAUCUCUUAUUACCCUUGAUCCACUUAGUAUUGGUCAGGUUGAUACACCAAGACUGCAGGAGAAGUUGGAUGCCAAGAAUGCUCUCUUACACAUCCGCAAGCCAAAAAUUGAUUUCACUCCUCGCUACCGAAUGAAGGGCAAGAGUGGCUCUGCACAAAAAUUCAAACGCAAGCAGAAAGUCAAGGAGGAUCAGCAGCGUGAAUUCCUUCAAGCAGCCAUUGCUCAGCGGGACCAACUUGGGUUAGGGAAAGACAAGGAAACAAAGGUGUCGAAACCGGUAGAAAUUCUUGACCGCUUUAAGCCGAAGCAACAGGUUAAAUCCUGAUCAUAGUUUCUUAAGGAACUCUUUGUAUAAUAUACAAAAUAGUGUAUAAUGUAUUUAAGGGACAUGUGCACAUUGUUAUCCAUGAUUAAUAUUUUUUUUUAA